AAAUAUGUCAAAGAAGUUCCCAUUGUCCAAACAAAAACACAGGUCAAAACUAAAGCUGAAACAUCUUAAGAAUAGACAUUUGGAUGAGCCUGUUGAAGAAAGUGAUACACCUGUCAUGAGAAUACAUAGUCAAGUUCAUAGCAACCAGUCUGAAGCAGUUCAGGAUAUGCAAGAUUGUCGAGUUGGAUCCUACAAUGCACAGAUAUCAACUGUACUUCAGAGUAACAUUCAACAGAAGACAAGGGCUGUCACAGAGGAAAACGUACUUGAGCAAUCAUCAUGCAAAGAAUUGUUUAGCACUUUAUCAGAUAUUUAUUCUGAUGCAGAACAGCAGAGUCACAGAACUGCAGCAGAGAUACAGACUAUCCAGCCAAAGAAGGCUCGUGGCAGUGUGUUAAAUGAGCACAAGAGAAAGGCCUCAGUUGGCUGUGCUGGCCAGGUUGAAAGCAAAUGUAAAGAUUGCCCAAGUUUAGAGAGACGAAAAUCCAAGAGGACAAGAACAGAUUUUGUAAACAAAGUAAGUGAUGAUUCAGUGAUUGACAAGGAUUCUGAAGCAACAUCCAACAUUUUGUUGCAUUAUGUAUCAGAAUCAAGUCCUGAGAAAUAUAUUACAAGAACAUGUGAUACUGCCACAGCUAUUUCCUUACCAUUGACAGAACAGGCAAGUUCAGAUCAAGAAUUGAAAUGUUCUACAGCAAAUGAAAAUCACUCAUUGCUGAAUGUGAGAGUAAAUGCUCAUGAAACAAGACAGGGAGUUGGUAAAACUGAUCCUUCUCGGGGUACUGGUCCAGUAAGAAAACUUAGCAAGUUGGCAAAGUUUAGGCGAAAUAUCAUCAAAUCUAAAAUGCCAUCAAAGAUAGCUUCUGAAUUACCAGAAAAAUGUUUAAGAAUCAGAAAGAUGCUUACACCAGCAUCCAAAACCUGUAUUGCACAUUCAAAAUCCAUUAGGCCAGGAGUAAGGAGUCCAUCAGGAGUGGGAAUAGAAGGUAACGUGUCAAAGUCUCGUACCAAUGUCAGUUACCUGUCAUCUAUUCCACAAGAUCAUAGCUCAUCAGUGGGAAAUGGGUUUGUUAAUCUUAAUACGUGUAAUAACUCGGUUAAUCUCCAUUUGACUUGUAACUCAGGUACUGAUCAGAUAUUUUCCAGUACUGAUAUAGUCAAAGAAACAUGUUCAACAGAAGAGAUACACACUGAAAGUAAUCAUGCAGAAAUUGCAGACUGUUCUCAGGACAGAAUUCCUAAGAGCGAUAUUAUUACAGAAACUGCAAGCCCUUUAUCUAAAGUUGAUCAUGCUUCUGAAAUUCACUCUGAUUCUAGUUUACCGGAUAAAAUUCUCGAGACUGUUACAGUACCAGCAGUUCCAGUCUGUCAUAAAGAAAGUGUACCUGAAGCAAAUCAGACCGCUGAAGGCAUGGGGCAUGUGACUUUACCACACACAUGCCUUGACGCAGAUUACACGUCUGAGAAUGUAACAAAAGUCCGCUCACCAGAUAAGACUCGUGAGGCAGUAGCAGACUUUACAGACUUUGAGUCACCUGCCACAAUUUUCAAGAUGGAUGAGAUGAAGAAUGAAAUAUUUCCUAGAAUUUGUCAGGAAUUGGUACUCUGUCCAGUUUCACCUAUCAAAGACCCUGUUGUUGGUGAGCUUAAACUAAAGUCAGAGAUGGUUGAAUCAUCUGCAACAGCUUCAGAUAAAAAACAGAUUGCUGAACUGCCAGUGAAUGGAUCAAGCAUUAAAUCACCAAAGAGACUGACAAGAAGUUCCUUGCAUCAGAAAACAGGCAGUGAGAUAACUGCGGAGAAAUGUGCAGUAAACACAAGCACAGAUUUGAAAGUGUUUCCAGGCUGUGUUCUCAGAUGGGUUUUGAAAUAUUAUGAAGUUGAAUGCAAAGAGAAACAUCCAAAGAAAUCUAAAUUCAUGACGGAUAAACUUAAGACUAAAGAAGUUAUGAAGCAACAAGAGAAGGUAAUAUUUAAAAAGGAGCUACAGGAACUGUUUUCAUCCAACUUCAGUAGUGGAAAGUUUCAACAGGUUCUGCAGAAAUUUGCUGGCUUGAACUCUGAGACUACACCACUGGUCUUAGCAAAGAUCAUAGUAAAAUUUGUGAGUGAUGACAUUAAUGCCCAGCCAAAUCACACCAAGAGCAACAGCGCCCCUCCACUGACCCAAACGCAGCAGCGCCUGGUGACACUGGUAUAUACAUUGCAGUCACAGCACCAACAGUAUAAGGAUCUGUUGGAAACUAUUCUGUUGGGCAUAGAGUACAGGCUGUUUAGGCUUGGACAUGUACCAAAUGUUAUACGAUCAUGUUCUCUGGCCAGGUUUCAUGCAGCGCUUUGUCUCAUACGGCAAGACAGGCAGCGUGUACAGGCAUUUUGCUAUGAUUCGAUGUACUGCCUGUACUACAAAGCAUUUCCUCUGCUGUUCACUGUAUACACUACAUAUCCAGAUGCUCUGCCACAUGCUAGUGUGGGAAAAGACAGCAUGUUGAUGAUGACCAUGACCAAUCUCAUUCUAAUGCAAUCAACAGACAAGACCCAAACAGAGUACAGAAUCGAAGCUUUCAAAAAACUUCUACAGACACGCUAUGGUUACAGUCAGAGGGUCCUGACGACUGAACAGCUGUUUCAGGUGCUUGUAGACCGGUUAAGGAGCUCAGGUGGUCAUGUAGAAGGGCUGGAAGCAUCGCUUAUUUUGGUGGCUAAACGUAUAGGCUGGGACAGAAGUUACAAACAACUGCUGUGUCGUAACCUCGUCCCACUAAUAGAUGAGUGGAGAGCAGGUGCAGUGAAUGAUCUCACAAUUCGUGAAGUGAUCAUUGUGAUGGGUUAUAUUACGAGGUGCUUCCCAGUUAUGGAGGCAAAAGCUUGCGUGCAAGCAGUAUUGAACCUCUUGGGCAGCGUAUUACUUGAACAAAAUGUCUCAAUGGAAGUGCAAGAAGCAGCAGCCUUCAGUCUGCUCCGACUGUCAAGGCAUAACUUCUGUUAUGUCAGUGACGUGCUGGCAAAGUGGCAACCAAGCAGGAGCAAUGUAUUGGGCACUCUUCUGGAGGAAAUGCUUUUGUUUUUUGAGACCAGAAAUGUCAAGUGGUGGCACAACUUCCUGAAGAGGAAACGGGUGUGCUUUUAACAGAGAACAUGAAUGGUCUUGCAUCAUCAAAAAUUAGGUUAUAUAUUGUGGUUUGUUUAAUAAAUUAUUGGAUUUUUAUGUUUGCUAAGAACAAAUGAACUCCUCAAAAUGAAAGUAGUGUAAGUCAGACUUUCCUUGGAUCAAGAAGUAAGGCUUUGGAUUUGCGUCUGUAAUAAAUUUUGGCUCAGUAUAAAAGUAUGGCACUUAAAUAAAUGUUGUCAGAAAAAUUAAAAUUGCAAUUAUAUUUGCUGGUAUUUGUCAUAUUCUUACUGUAUGAUGUUUUUAUGUCCUCUUUAGACUUAUACCACUUUAUGCUGGAACACAGUCUGAACAAAUCAGAAGACUUGUAUCAUUGAACACUAAAAUGUUAUUGAAAGGAGUCAGAUUCUCACGAAAUAACUUUGAAAAACUGUCACCACUUCACAGAAUAACAAUAAUCUGUUACAAAAAUACUCCAACUCAUAGGGUGACAAAGGUUGACUUCAUUUGUCUGUCCCACUGAUUUUGAAGUACUGUAAAUGAAUUAUGUAAGGACAGAAAGAAUGGAAAAAGGUCAAGCAUGUCUUUAUUUUUAGACAUGUUUGCAGAAUUGUGUAGAAUCAUUACAUUUGUUUAUCUGUUUGUCUGUACUUUCAUAAGCAUCAAGUGAUUAAACUAAUUCUUAGUAAGUCUUGUGAAAAAUUGUUUCUUAGAUGUUACAUUUUCCAACCCAUACUAAAAAGCUACACCUCAUGAGCAGCAUGUGUUGAGAAAUUUUUCUUUAAGUGUUGAUGUUGCAUGCAAAUGCAAUAUAGAACCCGUUAUCUGGUGCUUCAGAAUCCAGUUAUAAUGUAUUUGAAAGUGAAGUCAUCACUAAUUAUUUUAAAUUAGUGUGCUUAGUCUCUCUCUAAUUUAUUCUAUUUUGAUGAUGCGAUCAAAUCCACAUUGGUGGCACUUUAUCCAUGAUUUGCCCAAAAGUAUGUAAAAGAAUUUGGCAGGAAGCCCUGUAGUUGUCAGAAUAGUAACAGACACAUUGUGUCAACACUCCUGGACAUCAUCAGUAUUAUUAGUAUAUUUAUUGUUAUUUUUCAUCUCAGGAUCACUGUUACUCUUUCUAAUUCAUGAGCUGAUUGAGAAAGUACAAAGUUAUCUUUACUUUGUACUAGAAUAAGAUGCUAAUUAAUUUUUGUUUGUUAACACAGUGAUUUUCAUAUUUGGAGAUUUUUAGUAAUGACUCAGGUGUCAUUAUGUAUGCUGUGAGAUCUUCUGAUCUCAUGAACCUCCUUGUACAUAAGUGCUAGUAUAUUGUAAAUAAAUUCACAUCUUUUGUAGUUUAUAAGUGAAGGUCUGGAAUGUACAGAGAAAAGAAAGUACUUGAAAUACAGGUGGAAUAUUGUGUCUGAUACAAUAAAUGUGGUUCUAAAUUGA